AAAAACUAUUCCUGAAAAGCAUCUGCUAUCUCACGGCAGAAAUGUUUGGACCAGACAUCAUCAAACUGCUCAACUUGAAGAUGAAUGCAGAUGUGGUCUGCCAUGCCCUCCAAUUCUGUAAACAGGAGGCUGGUCAGCCUCUUUGCCACCUCUACAACCCUCCCCAGGAGGGCCUGAAAAGAGCACUGAGCAGGGCCAGAAAGAUUAUCCAACACUCACCGUCCUUGACCAUUCCUGGUGGCUUGAUGGGGAUCUGUUCGAUCCCUGCUUUGGCCAAGAUCUGUCAGAAAAUUGAACACUCCCUCAGCACGACGCUGCCCUUCGAAGACGCCGACGGGGACAAGUUCAGCGUUUUCCCCACUUUGAGAGGCUUUUACUGGAGAGGGCGAGACUGCAAUGACAGAAACAGGAACAUCUAUCCAGGCCGACGCCCAGAGAACUGGGAUGCACAACAGGAUUCCAAUUGUAAUGGCAUUUGGGGUAUAGAUCCAAAAGAUGGCAUCCCAUAUGAGAAGAAAUUCUGUGAAGGUUCAGAAGCCAAGGGCCUCAUUGUGCUGGGGGACUCCGCUGCAGCCCAUUUUCACAUACCCCCAGAGUGGCUGAUAGCAGCACACAUGUCUGUGAAAACUUUCUCCAAUCUGCCAAUGGCUUUGAGCAACGAGCUCGACUGGCCCCAGUUCUCUGGCACGACAGGAUUUCUGAAUUCUACCAGCGGAUCGCCGGACCGCUCUAUUUAUCUCCGCCUACGUCAGAGGAACCGCUGCAACCAUCGCGACUACCAGAGUGUUUCCAAAAAUGGUGCCUCUUCCAAAAAUCUUCUGAAGUUCAUGGGAAGCUUGUCCAGGAACCAGCUGUUGGAUCAACCCGCCAUUGUCAUCUACACCAUGCUUGGGAAUGACGUGUGUAACGGGAAUAUUGACUCUGUGUCAAAGAUGACCACUCCAGAGGACAUGAGGGCUCACGUCAUGGAAACAUUGACGUUUCUGAAUUCUCGCCUCCCUCCAGGCAGCCAUGUGGUACUCUAUGGACUGGCAGAUGGCCGCUUCCUCUGGGACCAUUUGCACGACCGAUACCAUCCACUGGGCCAGCUGAACAGAGAUGUAACUUACACGCAGCUCUAUGAUUUCCUCAGCUGUCUCCAGGUGAACCCCUGCCAAGGCUGGAUGUCCUCCAAUGAGACUCUCCGGACUCUCACCUCUGAAAGAGCCAAGCAACUUUCCAACGUUCUGGAAAAGAUUGCAGCCAGUGAGAAAUUUGCCAACAUGAGUCUCCUGUACCUGGAUUAUCCUUUCAAAGAAAUGUCUGAGGAGUGGCAGAGGAGAGGGGGACAGACCUGGCAGCUGAUUGAGCCAGCAGAUGGUUUCCACCCCAAUGAGGUAGCGUCACGGCUAGCUGCAAAGUUCUUCUGGGAGAAAGUCCUCCAGCGAUGGCCCCAUGUCCUGGGAAAGGAGAAUCCAUUCAACCAUGAGAUCGAGCGCCUGUUUGGUGACCAAGGCGGUCACUGAGUGCCUGGGGCUCCUUGGGCAGCCCUUCCUCUGACUCCAGGAAGCUGGAACCAGGAUGGGUGCAAAUCUCCCCUUGGCCCUUGCCCCCCAUCGAAAUGAGCGUACACCAAGGUAGCUGGGCCCGGCUACACCCCCAGCCAUCCGGUAGCACCCUCCUCACACCUUUGGGGCUCUGGCCCUCAGCUCUCAUCUGUGCUCAGGUCAUACGUUCCUCCAUUGGGAUGGAAGUUCAUUCUGGGCAAGGACCAUUUGAUGAUUGUCUUUUUACCCCUUACCUACCCCUUACUUACGGGGCAGCUAGGUGGUGCAGUGGGUAGAGCCUGGAAUCAGGAAGACCUGAGUUCA